AAAAUCUAUAGCGUGUUGAUAUUACUAUUCAAUUGAAUAAUGAUAAAGCCAGAAGGUCAAGGUUUCGGGUGCGUAAAAGGUUCAGACGCGCAUUACAAUGUCAGACAGGCCUUCUGGAAUGGAUCAAAUACCGCAUUUUCAAUAUAAUCAUCUGUGACGUUGCCAGAUUCCUGCUACACAGAUAGGACCCAGCCGUCAUUACCACAGUGCUCCUGUUCGAGAAAAAUUAUGACUGUUUAGGUUGAUUUUAAAAGAGGAAUGCGGAUACGCUUUUGCCCGCCACUUUUGGCGUAUCGGACAAUGUAGAUUUCUGCAGUAUUAUUAUUUUUAUGUAUGUAUGUAUUUAUGUAUGUAUGUAUGGGUGGGGAGGGGCUACCGGAAAAUAAAUAGGCUAGCAUCUUGCAGUUGCAUCUCUAUUCGACUACAGGUGCGGAACAUAAUAGAAAAUGCAUUGAGAUACACUGGAUAUGUUGCUGCGUGUGGGUCACUUGAUAACUGCCAAAUAUUUUUCAUUGUCUUUCCUUUUUUGCCUUGAGCCUCGCCUUGAGCCUAGUGAACUUUUGAAGUCUGUAAAAAGCUCAGCAGAAAGGAAGGACUGGAAAGACAGCCGUGCUGCAAUUCGAAUCAAGAGUGGAACGUGCUUGCGAGAGCCAAUCAGUUUUCCGAAACGCUGUGCCUCAUAUUUAAAGUACAGUAACUUCAGCGGACACGUUUUACAGCAAUUGGGCGACUACGGAUACUAUUGGCGUACUGCACCUGAGGAAAUGAAUUAUAUGAACGGAGAGAUUACUCUCAGGGCUGUUUUAGUAUUUACGUUUUUUACGAAUGGCUUACUUUGGACUUACAGAGAGGAACAAGAUGAUGCGGACAGAGAAAUCUGCUCAGAAAAUAAAAUAGUCACAACUAAAUAUCCUUGCAUUAAACCUACGGGGGAAUUGACUACAUGUUACAGGAAGAAAUGCUGUGAAGGCUUUAAAUUUGUUCUGGGACAGUGUAUUCCAGAAGAUUAUGACGUGUGUGCGGGGGCUCCUUGUGAACAGCAGUGCACGGACCACUUUGGGCGCGUGGUGUGCACGUGCUACUCCGGGUACCGCUACGACAGGGAGCGCCACAGAAACCGGGAGAAGCCAUACUGCCUCGACAUUGAUGAAUGCGGCAGCAAAAAUGAGAGCACGUGCUCCCAAAUCUGCAUUAACCUUCCCGGGAGCUACAGGUGUGAAUGUGAGAAAGGAUUCUUCCUGGAGGAAGAUGGGAAAACCUGCACGAAAGGGGAAAGAGAGAACCACUUCCAGAAGUCAGACAAUGUAAUGAAGACGGGAACGUGCUCUGCUACCUGUGAGGACUUUCAUCAGAUUAAGACUACUGUGCUUCAACUCAAACAAAAGAUUGCCUUGUUGCCAAUCAGUGCUGAAAUAAAUAAGCAGAUGACCAGCGAUAAAAUGUUGACAUCACACUCAUAUCUGCCUGGGCCCCCUGGACAACCUGGCCCACCAGGAAUGCCAGGACCAAAAGGCUCCCCUGGACAUGCAGGACUGAUGGGACCCCCUGGACUUCCAGGCCCCCGGGGACUGAUGGGGCCCAUGGGGCCCUCGCCUGAUUUGUCCCACAUCAAACAAGGCCGACGUGGCCCAGUGGGUCCUCCUGGUGCUCCAGGAAAAGAUGGCAUGAAGGGGGAGAGAGGGGCUCCUGGACUCACCGGACCUCCGGGCCCACCCGGAUCGUUUGACUUCCUGCUGCUGCUGAUGGCUGACAUUCGCAACGACAUCGCCGAGCUGCAGAAUAAAGUGUUCGGCCCGCGGACCCAGUCCUCGGGGGAGGAGUUCCCCGUGGCCCCGGAUAACUGGAGGGAGAAUCAGGACACCGUGGACAUGGGGUCUGGCGAGGACUACAAACAGCGGGGGGCAGCGAAGAGCAACAGGAAGAGGAAACCAACACGGACCUUAAACGAUCCUGACUGGACGAUCUGAGAGGCCUUUCAGCAGCGGGGAGUACAGAAGGCGGAGCGCGGCGUGAUGUUUAGCUCAGGUGUGGACGCAAGCUGGCCUAAAUGUAUUUCUUAACCUACAGCACCGCCGUUCAGCACCAAAGCAAAACAACAAGCAGUGUCUGGCCUACUGAAUACGCCUUAGAAUCCGCAGAAGGCAAACCAUUCGAAACACGAGUACAUGUGCAGGUGUAAAGGUCAGAAUAUUUGAUUUUAUUUUAUUGAACUGCAUAUACACAGAAAGUGCAAUUGUAUUUCUUAUCAUGAAAUCUUUAUUUUUAUAAUAUAGAUAUAGGUAUAUAUUUAUAUUUUUUCAUAUUUCUGAAGUGUCUUGUGAACUGAUUAAACAUGGAUGCUGGCA